AUGGGUGCAGGCGAGAAAAGGUGCCUCCGGGUGUCGAAAGUGGGCAUUAUUGGGGCUGGCAUUAGCGGUAUCGCAGCUGCUAAACAGCUAUCCGGUUAUGACCCGAUUGUUUUGGAGGCAACGGACUCCAUUGGGGGGGUGUGGAGGCAUUGCUCAUUCCAUUCCACAAAACUCCAGACCCCUCGAUGCGAUUACGAGUUUUCAGAUUACCCAUGGCCCGAAAGAGACAAUUCUAGUUUUCCUUCCCAUAUUGAGAUAUUGGAUUACUUGCAUUCCUAUGCCACCCACUUCGAUGUGUUGAAGUACGUCAGGUUCAAUUCAAAGGUGGUCGAGAUCCGGUUUACUGGUGACCACGGCACUGCCGUGCUUGGUCGGAAAUCUGGAGAGUAUGGCAGCCUGUUCAGCGGUCUGCCCGUUUGGGAGGUUGCCGUCCAGACCAACGUUAACCAAGCGGAUGUCGUCGUUCAGUGGUACGCUUUCGAGUUUCUUGUGGUGUGUAUUGGUAAAUAUGGUGACGUGCCAAGAAUCCCAACUUUUGCACCCAACAAAGGCCCAGAAAUAUUCAAGGGUAAGGUCUUGCAUUCGCUCGAUUACUGCAAGCUGGACAAAGAAACCGCAUAUCAACUGCUCAAAGGAAAAAAGGUUGUAGUAAUUGGGUACAAGAAGUCAGCGAUUGAUUUGGCUGUUGAAUGUGCAGAGGCAAAUCAAGGAGCAGAUGGGCAACCAUGUACGAUGGUGAUAAGGACCUUACAUUGGACAGUUCCUUGUUAUAGCAUUUGGGGCUGGCCCUUUUUCUUGUUCUAUUCAACCAGAUGUUCCCAAUUUCUGCACCAACGUCCUAACCAAGGCUUGCUCAGAGCAGUCCUUUGCCGCCUUUUGUCUCCUUUGAGGAGAGCAGUCUCCAAGUUUAUUGAGUCGUAUCUGGUAUGGAAGCUUCCCUUGAUAAAAUAUGGAUUGAAACCAAACCACCCAUUCGAGGAGGACUAUGCCUCUUGUCAGAUGCCCAUCUUGCCAGAAAAUUUCUUUUCAGAGGCUGAUGAGGGAAGGAUCAUUUUCAAAAAGGCGUCAACAUGGGAAUUUUGGAGUGGGGGAGUCCAGUUAGAUGAUAACACCAAGUUGCAGGCUGACAUUGUACUUCUUGCAACUGGUUUUGAUGGACACAGCAAAUUGAAGGCAUUACUCCCUCAGCCUUUCCGUAGUUUGAUUGAAGAUUCUUCUGGUAUCAUGCCCUUAUACAGGGGUACAAUCCAUCCUUUAAUUCCUCACAUGGCAUUUGUCGGGUACCUUGAGAGCGUUUCGAAUUUGCACUCGGCCGAGUUACGGUGCAAAUGGAUGGCUCGACUUGUUGAUGAGAAAUUCAAGCUUCCAACUGUGGAAAAGAUGCUGGAGCAAACCACGAAGGAGAUAGAAGUUAUGAAGAGAACAACAAGGUUCUACAAGAGGCACUGCAUUUCCACAUUUAGUAUCAACCACAGUGACGAGAUAUGUGAAGAAAUGGGAUGGAGUUCAUGGAGAAAGAAGAACUGGUUCUUGGAAGCCUUCAGUCCCUACAAUAGCCGGGAUUACGAGAAGGAAAAUUGA